UUGGUUUUUGAGUCAAGAUAUUUUAUUUUUAUUUUUUUUUUGUCGUAAUGGAUGAAAACAUCCUGUGGGCGACCGCUGUGGUGGACAGAAGAGCAGCUCUUGAUAAACGUGAGGAGAAGCGUCGAGCUCGGGCUCGGAAGUUAGGGAUUUUGGUUGUGGAUGCGACUUCUGUGGGAGCUGAAGGAGGGAAUGUAUCUGUCAAUCAAAGUGUUGCAGAUAUUCAGGCUGAAGAACGAGUGAGGAAGAUCUCCUCUGAUCUCAGGCGUGAGAUUGUUGAUCUGGGAGGUGCAGAGAACAUUAUUGAGCUGCGCACCAAGAAGAAGAAGAUCAAGAACAAGACAACACUUUCCAAAGACAAAACGAAUGUUCCUGUGGGACCUGUGGAGCCAGAGGAGUUUUUAAAAGCAGCAGCUCGGGGAAAGAUGGAAGUAGUGGAAAAGUUUCUGGAGGAUGGAGGAGAUCCAAACACCUGUGAUGAGUUCAGGAAAACAGCACUGCAUCGAGCUGCUUUGGAAAAUCAUACUAAAAUAGUAGAAAAAUUACUGGACGAAGGAGCUGAUAUCGACUUUAAAGACAGGCUGGACUGCAGGGCUGUGCAUUGGGCUUGCAGAGGUGGAAGUCUCUCAGCAUUAACAGUUCUUCAGGACAGAGGAGCGGACAUCAACGUCAGAGACAAACUGCUCAGCUCACCUUUACAUGUGGCCACAAGAACGGGUCACAGUGAUGUGGUGCAACACCUUUUAGACAGCGGAAUCAAUAUUAAUGCCAAAGAUUGGGAAGGAGACACGGCUCUACAUGACGCUGUCAGAUUAAAUCGAUAUAAAAUUGUCAAACAGCUCAUCCUGGCAGGAGCCGAUAUGCAGAUUAAGAAUGCUGAGGGCGUUACAGCCACUGAACAGGUGAAGCAGUGGCAGUUUGACACUAAAGAGACACUGGAGAAGCUGGAGCAGAUGAAGGAGGUUGGUCUGGCCUGACAAACUGCACUGAAUUCAUCAGAGUUUCAGUGAACAGGUGCACAGCUGGAGAACCAUACCCGCUUUGUCUGAGUAACUGUUUACUCUCUGGCUUCAUUAGUGCUGAACAGGGCUCAUCAGUAUACGAAAAGAACAAGGAUGCAAAAUAUUGUAAUAUACAGUUGAAGUCAAAAUGAAAAGACCGUCUGUAAAAUUUUGUGCUACAUCCCCCCUGUUCAUUAGGUUAUACGAUUUAAAGGUGCUGUAUGUAAGUUUUUAACUCUUCUGAAGCAUAAAAAUACCAUAAUUUGUUUGGAGAUAUGUAAGAAACAUGCAAAGUGAACAUACUUGUUUAUCUGAUGGCCACUUAUAUUAAUUCGGUCAGGAAGGCUCUGAAAGCAUGCGUCCGGGACCGAAAUGUGACCUCCGGUGGACAGUAGCAGAAUCCGAAAUGAGACGCAGAUUCAGAGUUCCACAUGAGGAUAUUAAUUAGCAAAUAAUAUAAAUAUUACGAACGUAAACAUUAGGUGAGCAGGUUACAUUGUAACCCUGUGACCUAAAAACACGCUAUGUGAUGAGAUUUGCAGUGAUAAGGAAUUUGGCUGUUUGCACAAGACGAAACACGACAGAAAUUAAAGUAAUUCAGAAGCACAG